CACCACGGGAUUCCACCGGAAGUACUUCACCCGACUUCUGUUGCAUUGUGGGUAAGCGGAAAAAGGCUCAAAAAGAGACGCGAAAUCGACGAGAGCACGUUGUAGAGUGAAGAAUUAAACCUCGAACAAAACCUGUUUCCACCAGAGUCCAGACAGUUGAAAAAUGUCCAUCGGCGUACCAAUCAAAGUUCUGCAUGAAGCAGAGGGACACAUCGUGACCUGUGAGACCAACACCGGAGAGGUGUACAGGGGCAAGCUGAUCGAGGCGGAGGACAACAUGAACUGCCAGAUGUCUAAUAUCACAGUGACUUACCGUGAUGGCCGGGUGGCACAGUUGGAACAAGUCUACAUUCGUGGCAGCAAAAUCCGCUUCCUGAUCUUACCAGACAUGUUAAAGAAUGCGCCCAUGUUAAAGAGUAUGAAGAACAAGAACCAAGGAUCUGGUGCAGGAAGAGGAAAGGCAGCUAUUCUCAAAGCACAAGUGGCAGCUCGGGGCAGAGGCCGUGGUGGAAUGGGAAGAGGAAACAUCUUCCAGAAGAGGCGAUAAUUGUGACAUCUGUGUUUAAGAUUUUUACAUUGUAUAGUCUUUUUGAUUUUUUUGUCUUCUUUGGAUUGGAUAUCUUGGAUAUUGUUGCAGUCCUGUGCUGUUUGCAGUUUACUGCUUUGAUUUAAUUUUUUUUUUAAUGAAAAUAAACAUGUCAAUUUGA